CACUGUUUACAGAAUUACAGUUGAAGCAGUUGACAGUUUAGAAAAAAAAGAGAUAGAAAUGGGAUUUGGAAUUGGAGCUCUAAGAACCCUAAUUCGACCGUUAUCAAGAACCCUAAUUUCCCGAUCCUCCACUACGACACCGUUUUCUUCCAUAUUCGCAUCCCCUAAAUCCGCACUUCAUCGCGAAGCCCCAUUUCCAUGGUUUCCGAUCGCCAACCAUUUGCACAGCUUGACAGACACUCGGUUCCCAAAGAGACGGCCCAUGGAUAAGCCUCGUCGCAAAAGAGCCAGCACAAAACCACCAGGGCCGUAUGCUUGGGUUCAGUACACACCAGGCGAGCCCAUACUUCCCAAUAGACCCAAUGAAGGAAGUGUCAAAAGAAGGAACGAGAAAAAACGUUUGAGGCAGCGUCGUGCUUUUAUAUUGGCAGAAAAAAAGAAACGGAAGGCUCAGUUGCAGGAGGCUAAUAGGAAGAAGAACAUAAAGAGGGUAGAGCGUAAAAUGGCUGCUGUGGCAAGGGAAAGAGCAUGGGCUCAAAGACUGGCAGAACUGCAGCAGCUUGAGGAAGAGAAGAAAAAAUCCAUGGCUUAACAUGCAUUCUUGCUGGACCUCAUAUGCAGAUGAUGUCACUGCUUUUAUGGUUUUUGCCCAUUCUCCACUAAACAUUCAAACUAGUUUCUUUCAAUACCCACAUUUUUUUUUCAAUCUGCUAGAUGGGUGAGCCUGUGCUUAAUUUAUUGGCAUUUAGCAUUCUUAACACAUACUGACAUGUCAUGUUUUGCACAUUGUUCAAUUGUAUACUGGGAGCGUGUACUCUGGUAUGCUGGGUUAUGAAACUAGAGAGGCAUGGAGCAAGCAACUCUGUUGGCUA